AUGAGACGUGACAAACUGGGACUAGAGCAGGGCCACGGGGCGGAGAUCUCAGCCAAACCUCACACUCACUGCACAGACACAUGUGUUCAGGCCCCAGAGCAGAUGACGGGUGAGGACAGUACCUGUCCCUCACCAAGAGUCUUUUCUAAUGCUAAUGAGAAUGCAGUCCUCGAUCCCGAGGACCAUCUGCCUUUCCUCAGGGUCCGGGCCUCAGCUCCUCAGACGUGUUCUAUUGUCCGUGUGUGUUCAGCCAGAAAGCAAGCAGCAUGGAUGAGCGUUACUUAUUAUCGUCUACAUGUCAGGUUAAAGGCCCUGGACUUCCGAAAGUCACUCUGGCAUGACUCUGCUGACCUCCCUCCAGCCUGA